AUGACUUCCAUUACUGAUAAUGAAGAGGAUACCAACAAUAAGGAGCUGUAUGAAGCUUUAAUGAGAGAAGAAAAGAAGCAAGUGAUCCAACUCUGUCAAAAAAAUCCGGAGGGUCCAUUACACAUAGUAACCAUACAAAAUGACACAGUCCUACACAUGGCCACCUACUCCAAACAGACCGACUUGGUACAAAGUUUACUUGAAUUGUUGCCUGAAAGUCACUAUUCCAAAAUGACCGUUCCAAACAACAUAGGAAACACCAUACUUCACGAGGCAGCCACUUCCAACAGAAUCGUCCCGGCUGCAAGGGAAAUGUUGCGCAAAGCACCGGAGUUGUUAGGUUUGCGCAGUUGGCACGGAGAGACCGCUCUGUUUCGUGCCGCCCGGUAUGGUAAAAAGGACAUGUUCAAGUUUCUAGAUGGAGAAAUGAACAGAAUAUUAGGAAGUGAUGCCACACAAGAAGCCCAAAAAGUCUUUCAUCAGAGAGAUGAUAAAACAACCAUACUUCACGCGACCAUCCUCGCUGAGAAUUUUGAUUUGGCCCUUUGGAUUGCAAAUAAGUAUGAGUACCUAGUUGGUGCACAAGAUGGAGAUGGGAUGACUGCUCUGCAGCUUCUUGCAUGCCAUCCAUCAGCAUUCCUAAGUGGGACUAAACUAAGUUCCAUCAGGCGACUUAUCUACUCCUGGGUUGCUGUUGCUGAUGAUACCACGGUGACAAAAGAAGAAUCAUGUUACCGGAUGCCCUUAUGUGAAGCAAUUAGGAAGAAGAAACAGAAGAAUGAAUCUGCUUUGGGACUUGCCAAGUUCUUGAUAAAAAAAGAUACCUCAUGGAAGGCCACUGAAUCUGUAAUGUUCCGAAAUAAGCUUAAGAUCCACCAAUAUGGUCAAGAAGUAGGGGAGGAAGUACUAAAGGCCUCAACAAGUGGAAACACGGCUGAAAUUGCUCUGUUUUUGGCGGCUAAGGCAGGCAUCACAGAGAUUGUUGAAGAGAUACUGAAGCAAUAUCCUCAGGCAGUUGAACAUAUGGAUAAUCAUGGGCGUACUAUCUUACACGUAGCUAUUAAGUAUCGCCAAAUGCAGAUUUUCGAUCUUGUAGAGAAAAUGGAAAUUCCAACGAGAAGGCUCAUAAGAAAGACCGACAAUUCUGGGAACACCAUAUUGCAUAUGGUUGGGGAAAUGGUAGCUGAUCAUGAAGCUAGAGAAAAACCAAACCCUGCUCUGCUGUUGCAGGAGGACUUGCUCUUGUUUAAGCGUGUGAAGAAAAUCUGUACACCCCAAUACGUCAACUGCUGGAACUUUAAUGGGCAGACUGCAAAAGUUCUAUUUGCUAUCAAAAGUGAAACACUUCGUAAAGACGCCAAAGAAUGGAUGAAGCGCACCGCUGAGAGUUGCUCCAUCGUUGCUGUGCUUAUUGCUACCGUUGCCUUUGCUGCACCCUACACAUUACCAGGAGGUCCAAAUCAAAAUACUGGACUUCCCAUUCUCCUCAACCAACCUUUCUUUUUUAUUUUUGUCAUGGCAGACGUACUCUCCCUUGUAUUCGCUUUGACAUCAGUCAUUACAUUUCUCUCUGUCCUUGCAUCGCCAUAUAGAUUAAAGGACUUCGAAUAUUCUCUUCCUCAAAAACUUAUGCUCGGAGUUACAUUAUUGAUUUCAUGUGUGGUAUCGAUGAUGUCGGCAUUUGCAGCAACAAUUAUCCUAAUGAUACAUCAUAAGAAAGAAUGGACAAGAGUUGAUUUAUACUCUGUCGCUUUCUUCCCUGCCACCAUCUUUGUACUCUCAUACUUGCCUUUUCGUAAGUCACUCAUGAACAAUAUCAAGUUCUCUCUCAAGCUAUCAGGAAAGGGAGUUCCCCGGUUUUGUAGUUCUUCCACUCCAUCUGGGCUCACCAAUUCACUCAAGUUUCAUAAAUCCAAACCAUUAAAUUUGUCUGUUUCCACCCAAUCCCAAGCCACAAGUUCUACCGGUUCUGCAUACCCGUGUACUGCUCAAACCAUGGAUUCCCUCUUAUAA